AUGCCAGAGGAGGACAAGAUGACCACUUCAAGCAGGCCUUUGGCUGCUCUCAACACCCCCAACAGCCCACGACCCGAGUCGCCAACUACUGCGCGCCCUAUGGACUUUGAUGAUGAGCCUCAAGAGAGUGGGGUUAUUACUUCCUCCCCUGCCGUUGCGCAGCCAGCUCCCGCCGAGGCAGCCCCGCCAAAGCCGCCCCGGCCCCUGAACCCGAAAGAACAGUCAGAGAACACGCUUAAGGAGGCAUUCCCAAGCAUUGAGCCAGGAGUUGUCAGGGCGGUUUUGACCGCAAGCAAUUGGAAUGUCGAGCGAGCAUUUAAUGCGCUCCUGGGUAUGACCGACCCAAAGGCCCAGGAAGAAAUGUCGCCACCCCCAAAGCCGCCGCGCCCGACCCAACGAAGCACUGCUGCGCAGCGACAAAUGGAAGCCGAUGAGAUGUACGCACGUCAACUAUCUGAACACUAUAAUGCCGCAGAGCGCCGCGCACCACCCCCGGGCUGGGAGAGUGAUCCUCGAUACCAGCGACCUAGAGGUAGCGAAGAGUCUGAUGAGAGGGAAUAUAGCUUCUUCGACGAUGAUCUACCUGUGAUUCGCGAAAACCUUCGCAAGGGCUUCCUGGAGACACAGAACAAGGUCAACUCAUGGGUAACCAAUCUCAAGAAGAGAAUCGAUGGAGAGGAUUUGGAUGAGGAACCCACUCAUAACCAAAGAGAGACUUCGGCCCACGGCCGGCCUCGGCGCAGUGGUGAUAUGGGUCGUCGGAGUGGAGAUCGCGAGCGCUAUGAUGCAGACCCCCAAGUUCUCGGCGAUGAUUUCUCUGCACUCGAGCUCAGGGAUGGCGAAGCUCCCCCGCCUCGCCCUCCUCGCCCGGGCCAAUCCUACAUGAAACCGUCUGUGUCUCCUUCGCCAGACAGACGCAGAGUAUCGUUCCAGGAAGGCCCACCGACCGAGAUUGAAAAUAUUUACGACGCUCCUAUACCCUCCAAUCGUGCAACCCCAGGGGGCAGCAAAUCGAGCAAAUGGCAGCCAUUAUCCACCGUUGAGCCCUCUCCCGUCGCGGAGAAUGAUCCUUUCAGCCUUGGUGAUAGUGACGACGAGAAGGAUAUCAAGGUUAAGGAGCCGACAACUGCGGAAGCAAUGUCUAGCGAAGUGGGUUCCUCUAAGGACCAGGAGACCAAGGGUGCCAGCAAGCCCGAAGAGUCAAAAUAA